AUGGCACAAAUACCAACUGUAGAAUAUGAAACAACUAUUUUUACAUUAAAACCAGAUAAUAUCGGUCCAAAUAAAGCAACAUUAUUACAUGCUCGAACGACAAAUACUAAUUGUCAUUUAUACAAAGCAAUUCUUUAUCUACAUGGAUAUAUAGAUUAUUAUUUUCAUGAUCAUAUUUGUAUACAUUUCUUAGAACACGAUUAUGAUUUUUAUGCUCUUGAUAUGCGUAAAUGUGGUCGAUCAAUAAUUUCACCUGAACAUGAUGAAUAUAAACAUUAUUGUAAUGAUCUUAAUGAAUAUGAUGAAGAAAUUACACUUGCAAUUGAAUAUAUAAUUAAUGAAGCAAAGAAUAAAACAAGAAGAAUACUACUUUUUGGACAUUCAACUGGAGGUCUUAUUGCUAUUCGAUAUGCAUGUUCUGGUACAAAACAUACUGAUAUUGAUGGUAUUAUUCUUAAUAGUCCAUAUUUAGCUACAAUAGAAUCAACUUUAAUUGAAUCAAUACUUAUGCGUAUUCUUAUAAAAUUUCUUAAAUUUCAAGAUGUCGAUGGUGGUUGGUAUGGUCGAUCAUUACAUAUAUCAAAUAGAGGUGAAUGGAAUUUUGAUUUAAAUAAAAAACCAAUAGAUAAAAUUCGAUUACAUGGUUCAUUUUUUCUUGCUGUACAUCGAGUUCAACAAGAUUUAAAGAAAAAACGAAUUACAAUACAAUGUCCAGUUUUAUUAAUGUGUUCAAAUCGUUCGAUGAGAGCAAACAAACAAUGGCGUAAUGAAUAUGCAGAAGUUGAUCUUAUACUUAAUGUAAAAGCUAUGCGACGUGUUGCUUCUAUGAUGGGUUCACAAGUAACAAUUCAUGAAAUUGAAAAUGCUAAACAUGAUAUUUUCUUAUCGAAAGAAUCUGUUCGAGAAAAAGCAUUUGAUUUAAUGUUCGAAUGGAUUCAACAUCUUGAAGAAGAUUGGAUAACAAUAACAAAAUUGUAA